AUGGAUCCAUUCACUGACUUUAAUCCUCCGCCACCUCCUGACACGCGGCACCUGCCAUCCACUCACCCGAACCCUAAAUCCAGCGAGGCAGAGAUUAAAGGUAGUGUAGCUGCUAGGAAAAUUCAAAAGGCGGACCGCGAAAAAUUGAGGAGGGAUAGAUUGAAUGAGCAUUUUGUUGAAUUGGGGAAUACCCUAGAUCCUGAUAGACCCAAAAAUGACAAAGCAACCAUUCUAGCUGACACAAUUCAGCUGCUGAAGGAUUUGACAUCCCAAGUUGACAAACUCAAGGCUGAGUAUGCUACAUUGAAUGAAGAAUCUCGUGAGUUGUCGCAAGAGAAAAAUGACCUUAGAGAAGAGAAGGCAUCUCUUAAAUCGGAUAUUGAGAAUCUUAAUAUUCAGUGUCAACAACGGCUCAGGACCACAUACCCAUGGGCUGCCAUGGAUCACUCAGUUAUGAUGGCCCCACCUUCUUAUCCCUUUCCCAUGCCAGUGCCAAUGCCUCCAGGUCCAAUUCCAAUGCAUCCUUCCCUGCAGCCAUACCCCUUUUAUGGAAAUCAGAAUCCUGCAGUCGUUCAUAACCCAUGUUCAACUUUUGUUCCAUAUAUGGCCCCUAAUACCUUGGUUGAUCAGCAGUCCGCACAGCAUGUUUCUUCUCUAGCACAACUUGCCAGUCGAUCCCGUGUUUCAGGAAAACAAGAUUCAAAGAACAAAUCUUCAGGGGAGAGCAAGAUUGAGAAAAGCGAGGGUUCUAAUGAUGUUACCACAGACCUGGAAUUGAAGACUCCUGGGUCUAUAGCAGAUCAGGACUUGUCUUCAAUACAAAGAAAAUCUAAAACAUCCAUGAGGAAGGAAAGCAGUGUUACGGAAGGGAGUUCUUCAAGUAGGUGUUCUUCUUCUCGUAGUGUACAGGAUAGCUCAUCCAACAGUGUAGUUGGCACAAAGGUCGAUGAUCUAGACAAAAGCAUGCCUUCUGGUUUGGAACCAAUGGAAUGUCGUGGUGACUAG